AUGGGAAAAACCUCGCAUCUUGCACUGCUGAAAUCACCACUCUUAAAAGAUUUGGUGACUAUGGAGGAUGAGCACGGAGAUGUGGGUCCCGUGAUUAGUGGUGUUUCAGAGCCCACAGAGAGUUUUACUGUGCCAAAUGAAACCCUAAUGGAAAAUUUGGAAUGUGAGAAUCAAAUUGAUGGGUCUUAUAGCGAGGGAGGUGGAGGUGGAGGUGGAGGUGGAGGGGAGAUAAUGGUUGAAGUUGUGGGGUCUGAUGUUUUUGUUGAUGGAGUCGGUGAUCUUAAAGAGGGUGAUUUAGGGUCAGGGGAAGUUGGAGAGUUGAGGGGUUGUACGCCAGAUAACAGAAAUGAAGCUGCGACGCAUGAUUUUCUGGAGGUUAUAAAUGCUUCAACUGAAGUCGCUGAAAAUAAGGUUGAGGAAAGUGAGGGGACUGAGAGUAAGGUUAAGGAAAUUGAGGGACAAGAGACGGUACUGAGUAGACUGAGCCACAUUGCAGAAGAAGUAGAGGUUAGGUUCAGAGUGUCUGUUGACGAAGGGGAUCGUGCAGUUUGUGAUUUGGGGUCACAAGGAGAUCAUGAGGCAUGGAUUCCCGGGAAUGAAGUUGUUAUGGAGAAAUCUGAUGUUAUGGUUAGAGAAGACGGGGGCAGUAAACAAGAAGCAUCUGAUAAGGAUGGUGCAAAUAAUGCAACUCCCGAAAUUUUGGACCAUCCUGUAGAAGUUGCUGUUGGGGAGAAAGAUGUUGCGGUGCACAAAGAAGAGAUGUUGCAGUUAGGUGAUAAUGUUGCAAGUGAUGAUACAUUGGUAAUAGAUUCUAUACCCUCUCUCGAGAUGACUGAUGCAGCUGCUGGCAGUGAGGUUUCACCUGUGGAAGCAUCCCCGAACCUGAGUUGUGAAGUUCCCAAUAUAGUUCCAUUUGAUGGGAACGAGAAGAGUGUUGGAGAAGUUGCUUUAGUUCGUGACGGCUCAGAGCUCAUUAUUGAAAAGACCAAUAUGGCAUCGAAUUUCAGCGUUUCAGCUUCAGAUCAUGAAACACAAGUUUCUGGUAGAGACGUUUUACCCACAGGGACAUUUGUGGUUGGUGAUGUUUUUGACAGUUUAAACGAGGACUCGAUUCUUAAACCGGAUGUCAUAGUGUCUGAUUCUAAGGAUGAGAAUCUAGGCUUGAAAGAUUUUGAUAGCAUGAACUCGGGGACAGAACAUGGAAAUAACAGUGUUCCACAUACUGGUUCUGAGUCUAUUCACGAACAAACUUUUGUUUGUGAAAGAAGGGAAGUUACGACCAUGGACGUUGAUGGGGUGCUGGAUGUCAAAGAGGAAGGAUCAGGUAUUGACUCGUCAGAUAUGACUUGCCCUAGCAAUGACAAAAUCUUGAAGAGUGAUGGGAACUUUGAAAAUGACACGGCACAAAGAAACAAAGUGUCGUGCAAUGAACCAACAGAAUCUGCUGAUGGAGUUGAUAAUACUGUGAUAGAUGAAGACAAGCUUCUCAAGGUUAGAGGUGAUACGGAUACGAUGAAUAGUCAAGUUAUCUUGACAGGAUUAAAGCUAAAUGUCUCAAAUACAACAAACUCAACUCUUCUAGGAGAUGAAUAUUUGGUGCAAGCUGACUCAGGAAUGAAUACAGACCAGCUUCUGGCUGCCACAGCAGAGGUUGGAGUGAUAAAUGAUCAGAAAGUUGCAAACUCCGACAAAGAUUUGGAUAGAGAUGCAUUUAUCCAAAAAGAUGAUAAGGAGAUCGUUGCUGAAGCUCCAUUGCAAUCUUUAUACAAGCAUCCAGGUACUGUUAAAAUUCUCGCUGCUGAUGCUCCUGCCGAGAAUACUCAUCUUUCCACCGAAGGUGAAGAAUCAAAGACUGAGACGACUGGUGUGCAAAUGGCAGAUGAUGAUGUUAUGGUGAAUGAUUCUGCUGUUGGUGCUGAAGUUGGGGUUGGCAACUUUGUUGAAGAGAAUAGAUCCAUUCAAGAUGGUAAACAAGAGGGUGCCAUCCAAAUAACCGAACAGUUCACUCGUGCACUUGAUAAGGAUGAGAUCAAGAAUCAUAUAGUCGAUAAUGCUAUAUCAAAUAAUGGGGCUAACAUAGAGGUUGUUUCCGAGGAUGCCAUUAUGACUGGAUUAGAAGUUGCAGUUGGUCCCAAUCCUUUCUGUGGCCAGAGUAAUUCCGGCUGCCUCUUGCCGGAGACAAAUGAACAGUUGGAGAUACCCAUAGCCACUGAUGACAUUUCUCUGGUAGAUGGAAAUCACACUGAGGCGAAUUAUGUGUUCAAUGUGGUUUCUACUGAAGGGGUGAAUCAGGCUAUUGAAGCAGAAGAUGGAUCUGGCACGAUAAGUGGCAACAAUAUUGUGCUGGGUCAUGCUUCUGAACCAAAAUUUAUGGAAGAGCAGCUAGAAAGAGAAGACGACGACAAAUAUCAAGUGGAGGAAGAUGAUUGUAAGGAGCCAAUAAUAGGAAUUGAAGAGCAUUCUUCAGAGACUGACCAAUCAAAGAUAUCAAAUGAGGAACUUUUGUCAUCUGUAAGCUCAAACCGAUCUCGUUAUCUAUGGCUUCCAGAAAAUGAAGGUCAGCUAUCUAUAUCUGAUCUAGUCUGGGGUAAAGUCAGAAGCCAUCCCUGGUGGCCUGGACAGAUUUUUGAUCCUGCUGAUGCUUCGGAGAAGGCGAUGAAAUAUUACAAGAAAGACUGCUUUUUGGUAGCCUAUUUUGGGGAUCGAACCUUUGCAUGGAAUGAUUUAUCUGUAUUGAAGCCUUUCAGAUCUCAUUUUUCCCAGAUUGAGAAGCAGAGUAAUUCAGAAGCAUUUCAAAAUGCAGUUGAGUGUGCCUUGGAAGAGAUUUCUAGACGGGUAGAGUUGGGUUUGGCCUGUCGUUGCCUACCACAAGCAGCCCUUGAUAAGAUUGAUGUCCAGACUGUAGAGAAUACUGGUAUACGUGAAGAAUCGAGUAGAAGAUAUGGUGUGGAUCGAUCUACGAAAGCAACUUCCUUUGAGCCCACCAAGCUUUUGGACUAUGUGAAGGAAUUGGCACCGGCGGCAUCUCAUGGGGCUGAUCGACUGGAUCUUGUGAUUGCCCGAUCUCAAUUGUUGGCAUAUAGUCAUUAUAAGGGUCAGCAUACACAGAUUGAAUUUGUCUUCUCUGGAGAAUUGUUGGAAAAUGAUGCUCACACACAAUUGAGUGAUGCAGUUGAUGAUUCCUCGGGCAAGGCUGCUUCUCAUAAACGGAAAGACACUCCAAUGGAUAGCUUGCAACCGAGGAAGAAAGAGAGAACUUUCAAAGAAAUAAUGGGUGACAUAGCAUAUUCCCCUGAUGGUGAAGGUGAGUCGGAUGCGAAAGAUUUGAGCAAGUCAGUUUCCUCGUCUUCUGGUAGGAAACGUAAAACGCUUGAUUCUUUUGCUGAUGGAUCAGAUCCUAGGGUAAUCGGUCAUGAUGCAAAAGUAUCUACUACUACAUCUCCAACACCUAAGCCUUCAUUUAAAAUUGGCGAAUGCAUCCGUAGAGUAGCGAGCCAGUUGACUGCGCCCACAUUGUCAAGUUCAAAAGGUAACACUGAUCAAACAGGAAUUGAUAGUGGCCCACAGAUCAAUGAGCACCAUGAAGAGGGAAGUACAGUUGUUCCUGAAGAACAUUCUUCUCUAGACGAGAUGCUAUCACAACUUAAACUGGCAGCACAGGAUCCCAAUAAAGGUCAUAGCUAUUUAAGAUCAAAUAUUACUUUCUUCACAGGUUUUAGAAGUUCGAUUGCUUUGAAUCGGCGAGGUAGAAAGAAAAAGGCUUCUCUUGCUGCUGAUGGGACUGGAGAAUUUGAAUUUGAUGAUGCGAAUGACUCUUAUUGGACGGACAGGAUUGUCCAAAACUAUUCCGGGGAGCAACUUUUGCAGGCUAGGGAGAACGGGGGAGGACAAUAUCCGCCAGUGCCAUACGAUCCGGAAAAAUAUCAAAAUUCGGGUCGCAGGCCGAACUCUAGAAAGCGAUAUUCCAGGGGGAACCUUGUAAAGGCAUCAGAGGAAUCAAACGAGUAUGUUAAUAAGAGGAAGCAAGAGUCUUUGCCUGCGGAACUUGUACUAAACUUUGCAGAGAGAGAUUCUCUUCCAUCAGAAAUCAAUCUGACUAGAAUCUUCAAGCGUUUUGGACCAUUGAUGGAAUCAAAGACUGAAGUUGAUCGUGAUUCUGGCCGUGCUAAAGUUAUCUUUAAGAAUGGUUCUGAUGCAGAAGUUGCUUUCAGUAGUGCUGCAAAGUUCAACAUUUUUGGUCCAGUGCUCGUUAAUUACCAGCUCGUUCACUCACCGGCAACCUCUGUACAGUCUUUUCCGCUUGCAAUAUAUCAAGGCCAGGAGGAUGCAACUUGA